ACAAAGUAGCAACUAAGCUGUAGUGAAAGUGUCACUUCCUCAAUUCUCUGAGGGACCCUGGUGUGGAACAUCAUUCUCUGCCGCCCAGUUUGUCAGAGGGAGCCUCCGAAGAAUCUUCCAUUUCCUAACAUGGUUGUCUGUCGCAGGACCCCGCAUCCCUUGUCUCUCCUGGUGCAGGCUGCAGUGCUGGCAGAGGCUCUGGCCCUGGGUACCUUGCCUGCCUUCCUUCCCUGUGAACUGAAGCCUCAUGGCCUGGUGGACUGCAACUGGCUGUUCCUGAAGUCUGUGCCCCGCUUCGCCACGGCAGCAUCCUGUUCCAACAUCACCAGCCUCUCCUUGGUCUCCAACCGUAUCCACCACCUGCAUAACUCUGACUUUGUCCACCUGUCCAACCUACGGCAGCUGAACCUCAAGUGGAAUUGUCCACCCACUGGACUCAGCCCCUUACACUUCUCUUGCCACAUGACCAUUGAGCCCAAAACCUUCCUGGCUAUGCAGACACUGGAGGAGCUGAACCUGAGCUAUAAUGGUAUUAGCACUGUGCCCCGACUGCCCAGUUCCCUGUUGAAUCUGAGCCUGAGCCACACCAACAUCCUGGUACUAGAUGCUAACAGCCUUGCCGGCCUGUACAGCCUGCGCGUUCUCUUCAUGGACGGGAACUGCUACUACAAGAACCCCUGCAAAGGGGCGGUGAAGGUGACCCCAGGCGCCCUCCUGGGCCUGAGCAACCUCACCCAUUUGUCCCUGAAGUAUAACAACCUCACAAAGGUGCCCCGCCAACUGCCCCCCAGCCUGGAGUACCUCCUGGUGUCCUAUAACCUCAUCGUCAAGCUGGAGCCUGAAGAUCUGGCCAAUCUGACCUCCCUUCGAGUGCUUGAUGUGGGUGGGAAUUGCCGUCGCUGCGACCAUGCGCCCAACCCCUGUAUAGAAUGUAGACAAAAGUCCCUCCAUCUGCACCCUGAGACCUUCCGUCACCUGAGUCACCUUGAAGGCCUGGUGCUGAAGGACAGCUCUCUCCACACACUGAACUCUUCCUGGUUCCAAGGUCUGGUCAACCUCUCAGUGCUGGACCUAAGCGAGAACUUUCUCUAUCAAAGCAUUACCAACACAAAUGCCUUUCAGAACCUAACCCGCCUGCGCAAGCUCAACCUGUCCUUCAAUUACCACAAGAAGGUAUCCUUUGCCCGCCUCCACCUGGCAAGUUGCUUUAAGAACCUGGUGUCGCUGCAGGAGCUGAACAUGAACGGCAUCUUCUUCCGCUUGCUCAACCAUGCCACACUCAGGUGGCUGGCCGACCUGCCCAGGCUCCACACUCUGCAUCUUCAGAUGAACUUCAUCAACCAGGCACAGCUCAGCACCUUUGCUACCUUCCGAGCCCUUCGCUUUGUGGACUUGUCAGACAAUCGCAUCAGCGGGUCUUCAGUGCUGUUGGAAGCUGCCCCUGAAGAGGCAGAUGACGCGGAGCAGGAGACUCUGUGGUCUGCUGCACUCGCCCCAGCUCUACUGAGCACUCCUGGCUCUAAGAACUUCAUGGCGAGGUGUAAGAACCUCAAGUUCACCAUGGACCUGUCUCGGAACAACCUGGUGGUUAUCAAGCCAGAGAUGUUUGUCAAUCUCUCACACCUCCAGUGUCUAAGCCUGAGCCACAACUGUAUUGCACAGGCUGUCAACGGCUCUCAGUUCCUGCCGCUGACCAAUCUGCAGGUGCUGGACCUGUCCCAUAACAAGCUGGACUUGUACCAUUGGAAAUCGUUCAGUGAGCUACCACAGUUGCGGGCCCUGGACCUGAGCUACAACAGCCAACCCUUCAGCAUGAAGGGUAUAGGCCACAACUUCAGUUUUGUGGCUCACCUGUCCAUGCUACACAGCCUCAGCCUGGCACACAAUGACAUUAACAGCCGAGUGUCCUCACAUCUCUACAGCACCUCGGUGAGGUUUCUUGAUUUCAGUGGCAACGGUGUGGGCCGCAUGUGGGAUGAGGGGGAUCUUUACCUCCAUUUCUUCCAAGGCCUGAGAGGCCUGCUCCAGCUGGACCUGUCUCAGAAUAACCUGCACAUCCUCUGGCCCCAGCACCUGAACAAUCUCCCCAAGAGCCUGAGGCAGCUGAGUCUCCGUGACAAUUACCUCUCGUUCUUUAACUGGAGCAGUCUGGCCUUCUUGCCCAAACUGCAAGUCCUAGACCUGGCAGGCAACCAACUAAAGGCCCUGACCAAUGGCACCCUUCCUAAUGGCACUCUCCUCCAGAAACUGGAUGUCAGUAGCAACAGAAUUGUCUCUGUGGUCCCAGCCUUCUUCGCUCUGGCUGUCAAGCUCAAAGAAGUCAACCUCAGCCACAACAUUCUCAAGACGGUGGAUCGCUCCUGGUUUGGGCCCAUUGUGAUGAACCUAACAGUUCUAGAUGUGAGAAGCAACCCUCUGCACUGUGCCUGUGGGGCAGCCUUCGUAGACUUACUGUUGGAGGUGCAGACCAAGGUGCCUGGCCUGGCUAACGAUGUCAAGUGUGGCAGUCCCGGCCAGCUGCAGGGCCGUAGCAUCUUCGCGCAGGACCUGCGGCUGUGCCUGGAUGAGGUCCUCUCUUGGGACUGCUUUGGCCUUUCACUCUUGGCUGUGGCCGUGGCCAUGGUAGUGCCUAUACUGCAGCAUCUCUGCGGCUGGGACGUCUGGUACUGUUUCCAUCUGUGCCUGGCAUGGCUACCUUUGCUGGCCCGUGGCCGGCGCAGCGCCCCAGCUCUCCCCUAUGAUGCUUUCGUGGUGUUCGAUAAGGCGCAGAGCGCGGUUGCCGACUGGGUGUAUAACGAGCUGCGGGUGCGGCUGGAGGAGCGGCGCGGUCGCCGAGCCCUGCGCUUGUGUCUGGAGGACCGAGAUUGGCUACCUGGCCAGUCGCUCUUCGAGAACCUCUGGGCCUCCAUCUACGGCAGCCGUAAGACUCUGUUUGUGCUGGCCCACACGGACCGGGUCAGUGGCCUCCUGCGCACCAGCUUCCUGCUGGCUCAGCAGCGCCUGCUGGAGGACCGCAAGGACGUGGUGGUGUUGGUGAUCCUGCGCCCGGAUGCCCACCGCUCCCGCUACGUGCGACUGCGCCAGCGCCUCUGCCGCCAGAGUGUGCUCUUCUGGCCCCAGCAGCCCAGAGGGCAGGGCAGCUUCUGGGCCCAGCUAAGUACAGCCCUGACUAGGGACAACCGCCACUUCUAUAACCGGAACUUCUGCCGGGGACCUACAGCAGAAUAGCUCAGAGCAACAGUUGGCAACAGCUUCAUCUUCACGCCUGGUCCCCAGCGUGAAGCUCUGCCUGCCUUGCUCUGUCUUACUACACCCUUAUCUAGCAAGUGCUCAAUAUAUGCUACCAAGCCACCAGGCCCACGGAGCAAUGGUUGGCUGUAAAGAGUAUAGAGUUUUCUUCUCAAGCAUCUUUCAGGAGAGUGAAGACAGUCAGUCACCAAACCCACACAGAACAGGGGUGGGUUCUCCCCGCUUCUCCUCCCUUCUCUCUCUCUCUCUCUCUCUCUCUCUCUCUCUCUUGUUCUCUCUCUCUCUGUCCCUCCCUCCCUCAUUCUGUCCCUCCCUCUUUCUCUCCUGUUCUCCUCGGAAUGCCCUGCCCUGCCCUCCCUGCAGGCCUGGGUCAGCACCUCUGUCUUGUAGUGAUCUAGAGUAUCUGCCUUCCUCACCUACUGGCCUGUCUUAAGGGCAGAGAAGAUGGAAGGCUAGUUACUAUUUGACCCUCAGCAGGGUCUGGAGAAAACUCUGGAGCAGGGUAGUAUUCAUUACUAGGUGUGUAGAAAGAGGGGGAUGCUUGCAGGCUCCGGUGGCCACGCCUAUGCUGGACAAAGAAGGCCAGCCUUGAUUAGAGUUGGGCCAGUAGCAACAAGGAGCUGAGAGUCAGAGGAGAGUCAAAGAUGUGUGCAACCUGUGUGAUGUGUGUGUGCGUGUGUGUGGUGCAUAUGUAUGUGUGUGUACAUAUGUAUGAGGGUCCAUGUACACAUGUGUGCUUGUGGGGGGCCAGAGAUCAACCUCACAUGUUGUUCUUCUGGUGCUAUACAUUUUUGGUUUUUGAGACAGUGUCUCUGCUUGACCCAGAGCUCACCAAUUAGCCUAGGCUGGCUGGCCAGAGCGCCCCAAUAAUCCACCUUCUCCUGCUUGCCAGUCCUGGAUUGCAAAGGCAUAUGCCACACCCAGCCUUUUCACAUGGGUUUUAGGGAUCAAAUUCAGCUCAUCUUCCCAGACCUGUGUCCACCCUUUGGCAUCAUGACAAACAUUGUCACCUACAUAGUUCACAUUUGACGUCUGCGUAAUGGGUUAAAAACAAAAUAAAAUCACACCAAAAAACUAACAAAAUAAGUUCAGUGUAUAGCUUUGGGUUAGGCCUGGGAUGCAUCAGUCUGUGGGCCACAGGUUGAAGACACCUAUUAGGAUGAAUUCAUAAUUCGUCCCUUCCCACUUCCACCUAGAGGUCAUGCUGGGCCACUCUAUUCAGAUAUCAAAAGACACCUAAGGGGGCUGGAGAGAUGGCUCAGUGGUUAAGAGCACCGACUGCUCUUCUGAAGGUCCUGAGCUCAAAUCCCAGCAACCACAUGGUGGCUCACAACCAUCUGUAAGAAGAUCUGACACCCUCUUCUGGUGUGUGUAAAGACAACUACAGUGUACUUACAUAUAAUAAAUCAAUAAAUCUUUAAAAAAAAAAAAA